AUGACCCCACCUCAUUUUUUUUUAUCUCUCAUAAAAAAAAGAUGCAUAUGCUGGAUAUGUUUGGAAGAAUCCACAUAUGACUCUACAUGGCUACAGCACACGUGCGGUUGCAACUUACAAAUUCAUAAACGCUGCUAUAUAAGAUGGCUCUAUCAAAUGCAUGUUGAACUUUUUCUUCCGAACACAGUGGACCUACCAAAGGAUGCUGAUUUACCUAUAAUCACCUGUUUAAAAUGUCUCGUUGAUGGGCACCAUGAUUUUAUGACGACUUUCUCUCUUACAGAAAUAUGGGAAACUCGUCCCAUUUGGGGGCAAAAAUCAGUACCGUUUCAAAAUGACUACGUGUUCAAUCUAAUGUCUCUUUAUACCAAACGGGAUAAUCAUCCACCUUAUGUGUUAGUGAAAUUUGGCGAAUGUCCUCAAUGCAAGAAAACAAAUUUCAUAAAAAGACCUACAGUAACCAUCCAGUCUUCUGUACUAUCCCUGUUUUAUCAGUGGCAAAAAAUUACACGAUACGUGAUACCAUUAGGGAUAACUAGUUUAUUUCUUUUAAACCCUGAAAAGACAAGUUUUGACAUUGGAUUAUGGCAACUACGCUGCCUUUUCCCUGAGAAUGUUCUACGAAAUAUGUUAAACAUCAGCACUACAAAGGCAUUGGACGUAUAUGCGCAAACUGAACGUGGCUUAUUAAGCAUUCCUUUAACCUCCUCGAUCAUAAUAUAUGGGUUCAUACAUUAUCUUAGCAACAUUUCUAACGUCAGUGCUAAUGCAAUACUCUUUAAGUGGGUGUAUCUCAGUAUUGUAAAAACUGCUGGAAACAAAUAUUACAAGGGUAUAGGUUUACCUAAAAUAAUUUUGUAUUCUAACUUGGCUACAUUUUGCUAUAAUUUUACCUUUAAAAGAUUGGUUGACUUAAUUUACAGGAGGCUGAUCAAUAAAGGAGGUAAGUAUUUGUAUCACGGAAAUUUUGAAAACUCUAGUAAUAGCGUUCCAGCUGAGGAAUUUUUUAUCAGGCGGAAUUGGUAUGCUAUUCUUGCAGAAAAGAUACUAUGGCCCUUUGUUGGUAAAUGUACAGGAGGUCUUCUAUUGAAUGCUUUUCUAUGGAUACAGAGAAAGUUUAAAAUUGAAUGGACGCCGAAUUGCUCCCCUUCGGAAUUUAGAAUGAUUUUCAAUAUUAUAGGUUGUGGUACUGCUGCUAUAGGCUGGUCAAGUCUGAAGCUCUAUGCCAGUUACAAAAGAUGUCAGGAACUUGAAAAGAUCAAUGAAUUUAUUGAACAAAGUUGCAAAGGUGAGUAA